UAUGCCGGGAUUUAACGCUUGUAAUAAACUUCUUCAGAAGUAUGAAGAUGAAAAAGCUUACCGAAUACAUAAAAGAAAGCUUAAUGAAUCAAGGACAAGAUUAGAUACCAAAUCUCCAAAGAAAUAUCCCCAUGUCAUUGUGCGACUCAAGAGGAUACAGCAAGAGGAAGAAAGGCAGGCUGAGGUGGAUCAUGAGAACAAGGUGCUUCUACAGAAGAUGACCCACAUCAUGAAGAACAGACCAGAGAUAGAUAACUGGAAUGAGUAUGAGCCAAAGAGUUUAAAUUAUGGCAGUAGAGAGAAGAUGUUACGUGAGAUACAGAUGCAGAACAUUGGUAUUGCCCGACGAUUGGAUCGAGCUCAGCCUGUAUAUAAGAAUAAAGAAUUGGAAAAUGAAUAUCAGCAAAAGAGAUACCUGCAGGCUUUGUGGGCAGAAAAUGCUAAAGAGUUUGGCCAGGUUACCCCUAGACAUCUUAAGUAUCGCCAGUUAAAGAAACAACAUGAAGUUGAGGAAGAGGAUGAAAAUUAUGACGAUGAAGAUGAACCCUUCCAUCACCACAAUGUCAUUGCCAAAAACAAGGCGUUGGGCCUUCCCCCAAUUGAGAAUGGAAAAUCAAAUAGCAAACAGGUAUAUAAUAUGGCAGCUGAAACAAACAUAAGAUAUAUGAAGGAGACUGGAGGAUCAAGUUCAGACCCUUAUAAGCAAGGCAAAGGACCUGAGAAGCUGCCUCGCCUCGACAGAAAGGUCAGUAAAGAUACUAGGCCUGUAAAAUCAGAUAAUUUGGUGGAGGUCAACUCCAACAAAGAUGCUGAUUCAACAAAGAAAACUGAAUCAGCUAAAACAGUCGAAACAACUAAGAAUGUUGUGCUAGGAUCAACAACCUCAACUAAAAAGACGCGUUCCCCUAGAAAAAUGGAUUCUUCCAAAACUGUUAAUUCAGUCAAAACAGUUGUAUCAACAACUUCUACCAAAAAAUCUGAUUCAACCAAGAAGGUUGAAUCAGCAAAGAUGAAUGAUGACUCUUCAACUAAAAAUGCUGAUUCAGCUGGUAAGGGUCUUGCAUCUGCUAAAACCAUCAAGUCAUUGCCCGAAGUAAAACCUCUUCGAUCAAAUCCAUGUAAUGAGCACCAGUGGAGAUUUGAGGUUUUAUCCCCUAUCAUGUCCUAUAACAACCAUAUGAAAAUGUAUAUUCCACAUAGAAUAGCUAAAUAUCAACCCAAUCAUCGUAGACAAAGACUCACAAAACAUAGAGAUAGGUCCAGGGGGAAAGGAUUCACUCAGUCCAAUCCUGUAGGAAGUGUUUGUCCUAACCAAGUUAAGACAGGGAAAAUAGUGAUAACCUGCCCUGGCCCACUGAGAAUGGAGCAGGAUAUUAAUCCUUAUCCAGGCUUGGUAAGUAAGGGAGUGGAGACUCCCCAUCACCUGGCCAGGAGGAAGGAAAUGGAAAGUAUUCAUAAUGAUGCAAAAAGGAAGGCAAAUGCAAUGAGUACUCAUAAUAAGCAUGCAAGGAAGCCAGUGAGCACUCAACUCAACCUGGUAGGAAAGGACAAAGUAGUGAGUACUCAUCCAAACCAAGUAGGAAAGGGGAAAGCAGUGAGUACUCAUCCCGACCAAGUAGGGAUGGGGAAAGCAGUGAGUACUCAUCCCGACCAAGAAGGGAGGGGGAAAGCAGUCAGUACUCAUCCUGACCAAGAAGGGUUAGGGAAAGUAGUGAGUACUCAUCCUGACCAAGAAGGGAAGGGGAAAGCAGUGAGUACUCAUCCCGACCAAGAAGGGAAGGGGAAAGCAGUGAGUACUCAUCCUGACCAAGAAGGGAUGGGGAAAGCAGUGAGUACUCAUCCUGACCAAGAAGGGAUAGGGAAAGUAGUGAGUACUCAUCCUGACCAAGAAGGGAAGGGGAAAGCAGUGAGUACUCAUCCCGAACAAGAAGGGAUAGGGAAAGUAGUGAGUACUCAUCCUGACCAAGAAGGGAAGGGGAAAGCAGUGAGUACUCAUCCCGACCAAGAAGGGAGGGGGAAAGCAGUCAGUACUCAUCCUGACCAAGAAGGGAAGGGGAAAGUAGUGAGUACUCGUCCCGACCUAUUAGGAAGGGACAAUCCAAUUGUACGUCCAGAUAAAAAGGGGAAGUCAGCAUUAAACCACAAUAUCAUGUCUACAGAUCACAUCAAUAGUGAAAGUGUUGAUAUAGGUAAUAUUGAAUCUGGGUCUGCAGAAUCUGCACUGUCUCAAGUGGAGAGCAGUGAUGAUGGGGAAGGGUUUAGGAUUGGGGUGUCAAUAAAGGGGAUUGAUGAAGACAGAGUGCAAUACAUUCAAGUGAGUAACAGUGAUCAGGCUCUUGAGCAACAGAAAGACAGGGAAACUUUGAAGCAAGUCAUCAGCUCAACAGAAUUGUCAUCUGAUCUAAUGGCAAGUCAGGGCGUCAAGAAAUCAAAGCAACUAGUGAGAAUGGAUUCAGGAAAUUAUUACCAGCCAGUUGGUGAUAGCAACAGUAUGACAAAAGGGUAUGAGCAGUCAGGCAACGGCCUAUCAUCCUUGUCCUUCCUGACCAGGUCAGAGGGCAGUUUGGGACGAAUGGAGAAGUACCAUGAUGAUUCAAGGUCAGAAACCACAGAGGGUGGACGGACCAACAGGUCAGAUCAAACAAGUAUCCAGGGUGACAAAAGGAACCCCCAGCAGGCCCAGACAGAUAAUGAUGCCAAACAGCUGUUUAAUGCUUCCAAACUUAUAGGAAGAGUACACCCUGAAGAUAUUAUUAUCAGGACCUGUGUGAGACGCAACCAGAAACAGAGAAUGAAAACCAAGGCCCGAUUUGAGGAACUGUAUGAACUGGAGCUGAUCCCAGAGUUGAAGUCAGGACUUGGUGCUAGCUGGUUCCUUAUAAUAGAUGCACUCCUGGAUGAGCGUACCACCUCCUCAUCCAGAGCAAUUCACGACGCUUUAGAGGAAGGAAGUUACAGUACAGUAGUAGAAAUUUUGUGUUUCACUACACAGCAGUCUCUAGCUACACUAAACGACCUCUACAAUAAAGACUAUGCUGUAAGUUUGGAGGAAGACAUUACAGACAAGACUGAUGCCCCAGAACAGACACUACUAUUAGCUCUACACCAGGGUCGGGAUGAGUCUGUAAAGGUGGUGGAGAAGGAAGCAGAGAAGGAUGCUGACUCUCUUUAUGAGUCUGGGGACGGUCGUUGGAGCAGUGACACUGGUCCUUUCAUCAAGAUGGUUCGCACCCGUAAUUUUGCCCACAUUCGAGUUGUCCUGAACUUGUACAGAGUUCUGACAGGAGGCAAGGAUGUGACGGAGGAUAUAAAGAGUGAAUGUGCACGCCAGUAUGCCGACUGUCUCAUUACCAUGGUGAAUUGUGUAAGAGGAGCUGACACUUAUUUUGCUGAUAAAAUUUUCAAGAACAUGUCUGCCAAGGACCAGGACUUUGUCAACAUGCUGGUGGCUCGAUCUGAGAUUGACAUGCCCACAAUUAAGAGAGCAUACAAGAAAAAGUAUGAUGCUGAAUUGGUGGAUGACUUGAAACACAAAUGUAACCACCCAACUAUCAAUGUCCUGAUAGAGCUCAUCAACAAGAUACCACAGGGACAGGGGAAAAAGAGCAAACCACCUGUGCCUGUGGGAGCUGCUAAACGCCCUAUCAAACGUCCUCCACUUUCACAAACAAAGGAGGAAGAAGCCAACACACCUCGUAACCCCCUGGCUGCUCCCAGUCAGCGUAUUACAGCAGAAGUUGUCAGUCAGCGUCAAGGACAGGAGAUUGCACGCGAGAAAGAAAAGGAGGCAAGGGAAAGAGAGAAAGGACUUAAGAAGGAGAAAGAGAUGAUGAAGAAAAAUAUAAGUGGCACUGUGAAGCCAAGCAAGUCCUUCCAUCCUGAUGAUGACUGUGACAAACUACAUGAUGCGGUGGGGAAGUACGGUACAGACGAGGCACAGAUCAUGGAGAUCCUCACCCAGCGUUGUAACGCCCAGAGGCAACAAAUUAGGAAGUUGUACAGCAGCAAGUUCAAACAGGACCUUCAAAAGGAUCUAGAGAGGGUGUUACAAGGAGACUACGAGGAAAUCCUGCUGGGACUAUUACAGACCCCAGCAGAGUAUGAUGCUCACAGUGUACAUGAAGCCUUGGAUGGGAUGGGCACACGAGAUGGUACAAUGCUUGGUAUCAUUGUCACCAGGGACAAACAGGAAAAGAAGGCAAUCGCUGAUCAUUACAAAAAAGCAUACAAGACUGAUGUGGAAAGUGAUCUCAGGAAGGAGGAUGCUAACUCAGACUUCGCAGAUUUGUUGGUGGCAGUUUGGUCAGGUGAUAGGGAGACUGGACCUGUCAACCAGGCACGGGCACAGCAAGAGGCCAAGAUGCUUCUUAAGGAUGGUAAGGCUGUUCAUCCCAAAGGUGAAACUUUUAUCAACCUUAUGGUCAAGUCAAGUCAUGUUCAAGUGAAAGCUGCAUUCCAGGAGUAUGAAAGGUUAGCAGGACAGGACAUCUUUGCUGGACUGAUUACAGCUGGUUUAGGUGAGGACGAGGAUGGGUACAUUUCUCUGGCUAUGGCAGUGCAGGACCCGCAUGACUUCUAUGCUGAGAAGUUGAAUUCCUGUUUCAGCAGUAUGGGUGUCAAUGAUAACAUGCUGAUUCGCAUGACAGUAUCGCACGCUGAGAAGGACCUAGGAGACAUCAAAACAAGGCUACAACAGCGACACAAAAAGAGCUUGUCCCAGUUGAUUCGGUCCGAGUGUAAGGGCGAUUACAAACAGAUGCUUCUGGAAAUUGUUGGAGAAUAG